UAUGAUUUCGCAGAACUAUGGGACGGUAUCAACGACCUAGCGCGUCAGAGCUACGACAUUGGCGGGGUGGUGUCGGCCAGCAUUGGACCGCGCACUGUCUACAUUGUAACGGACCCAGACGACAGUUUCACUAUAGCGAACACGUGCCUGGAGAAGGACGGGUUCUACGACUUCGCCAAACCGUGGCUAGGCGAGGGUCUAGUCACUGGGAAAUAUUCAAUAUGGAAGAAUCAUCGCAAAUUCUUGAACCCGGCGUUCAGCCAGAUAUUGCUGGACACAUUCAUGGGAGUCUUCAACAGCCAGUCCAGGAAGCUGGUGAAGGAACUGGAGAAGGAGGCUGGCAAGGGUCUCUUUGACCACUGGACCUAUACGCGACAUAAUGCCUUGGAGACCAUUUGCUUGACAGCACUAGGAGUGGACUUCACAGACUCCAACCUGAACAGCCAGUACGUGGAGGCGACGGAGGUGAUCCUGAACACCAUGGUGGAGCGGUUCAUGAAGUUCUGGUGGCACAGCCCCUACACCUUCGCCUGGAGCAACGUGAAGAAGAAGCAGGACGCCUGCCUGAAGAUAUUGCACAACAUGUCCAAUGUGGUCCUGCAAAAAAGAAAAUCUGAGUUCAAUGGAAACGUUUGUGCUGAGAGAAGUAUAAUACCAGGAACCAAGUUCAAAGCCUUCAUGGACCUCCUGUUAGAGCUGUCAGUCGAGAAGGGAGUAUUCAACGACAGAGAGAUCCGAGAGCACGUAGACACAAUGAUCGUAGGCGGCCAUGACACCUCCGCCAACGUGCUCAUGUUCACCAUGAUACUGCUUGGGUCACACCCUGAGGUUCAGGAAAAGGCUUAUGCUGAAGUACAAGAAGUUCUCGGAGGCGACAGAGACGUGGAGAAGACAGAUCUGUCCCAGCUGGUGUACCUGGAGGCUGUGCUGAAGGAGAGCAUGAGAGUGUUCACCAUCGUACCGGUGCUCGCCAGGAAACUCGACAGGGACGUUAAGCUGAAAAACUACACUCUCUCUGCCGGGCGCACGUGCUUCCUAUUCGUGUUUGGACUGCACAAGCACCCAAUCUGGGGCCCAGACGUGAACGAGUUUAUACCAGAACGCUGGCUGGAGCCAGGGAGACUGCCUGACAACCCUAAUGCGUUCGCUGCCUUCAGCGUUGGGAGACGACAGUGUAUCGGUAAGGCGUAUGCCCUGAUGUCAAUGAAGACGACCCUCGCUCACCUGAUCCGCCGCUAUAAGAUCAAGGCAGACCACACGAAGGUGAGGCUCAAACUGGACGUCAUGUUGAAGCCGGACUCUGGUCACUGUGUCAGCAUCGAGAGGAGAACAAACUCUGUACUUAAUUUCGUAUCGACAAUGAUAGUGACUGUAUUAAUUUCGUUAGUAUGUAUAUGUUUGGCGUAUGUGCUCCUGUGUCGCUGGUACUUCCCAGUGAAUGAGCAAGUAGUGACAUUUCCAGGGAAAUGGCCGCUCAUUGGACAUGCUCACAAAUUCAUUUCUUCCGUAGAAACUUUUCGAAAUAUGAUAGCGUUUGGGGAGUAUUCGGUGAAGAUUGGAGACAUCAUAAAGUUCUACAUCGGACCGCAGCCUGGAUACGUUGUGACAGAUCCUGAAGACGUCGCUACAGUCCUCAACAAAUGUUUGGACAAACUGUUUGUGUACAAAUUUGUAAAACCAAUGGUAGGCGACAGAUUGAUUAUUGCUGAAGUGCCCGUAUGGAAGCGAAGUCGAAAAGUACUAGACCUUUGCUUCAAGCAGCACAUAUUGGACGACUACCUCCAACUGUUCAAUGAACGAGCUGAGCGAUUCGUGGAGACGAUUGCCGAAGAUGUCGGUCAAGGUGAAGUGGACCUUAUCCAGAAAAUCACAAGGAGUGUUUUAGAAACGUCAUGCCUGACAACUUUGGGAGUGAAUCUUGAUGGAAAAGAUGAACUGAACGAUAACUACGCCAAGGCACUCAAUGAGUGCUUCCAUAUUCUCUCUGACAGGAUCUACAAACCUUGGUUCAUGAUCGAUGCAAUCUUCAACUUGUCCAACGACAAAAGGAGGUUAGACAAGUCUCUCGAAGUCGUGGCAAGUUAUACGAAGGAAAUAGUGCAGCUUAGAAAGAAGGAAUAUUUACAGCCAGUGCAAGAGAAAGAGGGCUUUAGUUACAAAGGUGGUAAACAUCUGAGUGUCCUAGAUGUAAUUUUAGGAAACUCUGUGUCGGAGACCGACGCACUGUUCACUGAUCUCGAGCUCAGGAACAUUAUGGACACGGUGCUGGUGGGAGCCUUCGACACCACUAUCCACCAGAUGCUCUACGUCCUGGUCUGCAUCGGCAGCAGCUCGGACGUCCAGGACAAGAUUAUCCAGGAGAUGAACAAGGUUUUGGGUAAAGACGGACAGCUUGAAAAAGAGAAUUUAUCCCAAAUGGUAUAUUUGGAUGCAGUUGUUAAAGAAGUUACCAGAUUGUAUCCUAUCGUGCCCGUGAUAGGUCGAGAUGUAAAAGCACCCACAAAGUUACGUAAUGUGACGAUACCUGCGGGCGGUUCUAUCGUAGUACAUGUAUGGAGUACAAAUAGAAACACAAGAUAUUGGGGACCUGAUGCUGAGGAGUUUAGGCCAGAAAGAUGGUUGGACUCCACAACUGUGCCGAGCCAUCAAGCUGCCUAUGCUACGUUUGGGCCUGGGAAAAGGGGAUGUGUUGGUAAAACCUACGCGUUAAUGUAUUUGAAGGCAACAGUUGUAGCAGUACUGCGCAAGUACAGGCUCACUGCUGACCACACGAACAUGAAAUUGGAAUGCAAAGUAAUGCUCAAACCUGCGUCAGGACAUUUGGUUAGAAUUGAAAAAAGAAAUGAAGAUGUGCUCAUAAACUGAUUCUGUUAUUUAA